AUGGAGGACGUUCCAAAGCAAGCAUUGGAGACCGUAGAGGCCGGGGCCAUUGGUGAGCCUCAGAACAACGAAGAAGUACACCAAGAGGGGCUUUUCAGCGGUGUCCUAUCGUUCGCCCAAACAUGUACCAUCAACCUCGUCUUACCGUUUGUCAACGGUCUAAUGCUUGGAUUCGGUGAACUAUUAGCCCAUGAAAUAGCUUGGCGUAAGGACUUCUUCCACAGGACCAAUGCUGGUUACCGCAUAUACCCAGAAAGGCGCAAACUUCAAGCUCCCAAGACCGAAUUCUUAUAA